AUGGCAGCACCAUCACAGGCCCUCGCCGAGGGCCAGUCUCUUCCUUCCAUUGAAGGGUUGACUCUACACUCUACCAACGAAACAUCCAAAUUCGCCGGUUGUUAUCCUUCCUUGAACCCCGUCGAUAUCUACCGUGAACACAUUUCCGAGAAGUUGGCGGAGGUAACUGGCAUCGACCCGCAAACGAUAUAUCCCAAGCUUGCAUGGACAAACACUCUUGACAAGGGAGACUUGAACCUUGCAGUCGCUGCUUUGCAGAUUAAGGGAAAGAAGCCACAAGACCUUGCUGUUGAGUUGGCAGAUAAGUUCCCAGAAUCAGACUUGGUCGAGAAGCCAACCGCGUUCGGUGUUCAUCUUCAGUUCUUCUUCAAGCCAGGACCUCUCACGAAGACUGUUAUCGGCCGAAUUCUUGAGAACAAAUCCACAUAUGGAACGAACGGUAACCUGGGUCUUCGCGAUCCUUCCGACCCGUCAAAGGGAAAAAAGAAGAUGAUUGUCGAAUUCUCAUCACCCAACAUCGCCAAGCCUUUUCACGCUGGUCACCUGCGCAGUACGAUCAUUGGAGGUUUCCUUGCAAACCUAUUCACAAUUACCGGCUGGGACGUCCUCAAGAUGAACUAUCUCGGAGACUGGGGAAAGCAGUACGGUUUACUCGCCAACGGUUUCGAACGAUAUGGUAGCGAAGAAGCCCUUCAGAAGGAUCCCAUCAACCACUUGUUCGAUGUCUACGUCAAGAUCAACAAGGAUAUGGCAGAGCAGGAGGUUCCCAUCAAGGAGCUGCGCGAAACAAUCAAGAACAAAAAGGAGAAGAACGAGGAUGUUUCUGCUGAAGAAGCCGAGCUUGCAAAGCUGGUCGAUGCCAGUGAUGACGAAAAGGCCCGUCGCUACUUUAAGAGCAUGGAAGAUGGUGAUCCAGAGGCGCUCGCUCUUUGGAAACGGUUCCGUGAUUUGAGUAUCGAGAAAUAUAAACAAACAUACGCCCGACUCAACAUCGACUUUGACGUUUAUUCUGGCGAAUCCCAAGUCUUGCCUGAGAGCCUUCAGAAAGCUUAUGAGACCAUGGAGAAAAGUGGCGUAUCUGAAAAGUCAGAGGGUGCCGUGAUCGUCGACUUCACUAAGCACAAAUUCAAGAAGCUCGGUAAGGCUAUCGUUGUUCGAAAGGACGGCACCCCUCUAUACCUUACCCGAGACAUUGGCGCUAUCACGGAACGUCACGAAAAAUAUCAUUUCGACAAGAUGAUCUACGUCGUUGCAGCUCAGCAAGAUUUGCACUUGGCCCAGCUUUUCAAGGUCACAGAAUUGAUGGGCUACAAGGACAUUGCCGACAAAUGCCAACACAUUAACUUCGGUAUGGUGCGAGGAAUGAGUACCCGAAAGGGAACAGUAAAAUUCUUGGACGAUAUCCUGCGCGAUGUUGCAGAUAAGAUGCACGAGGUCAUGAAGAAGAAUGAGGACAAAUACGUGCAAAUAGACGACCCUCUUGCAACUGCAGAUACACUCGGUAUCACUGCCGUUAUGGUGCAAGACAUGUCUGGCAAGCGUAUCAACGGCUAUGACUUCAACCUUGAAGCUAUGACUUCCUUUGAGGGAGACACAGGCCCCUACUUGCAAUACGCCCACGCUCGUCUCUCCUCAAUUAUCCGCAAGGCUGGAAUAAGCCCUGGAGAUCUACCCAAGGCCGAUCUAUCAAUUCUGACCGAACAACACGCCAUUGAUCUUGCGCGAUACUUGGCCCAAUGGCCGGAUGUGGUCAUCAACACCGUCAAGACUCUCGAGCCUGCUACGGUCCUUACAUAUCUGUUCCGUAUGACACAUAUGCUCAGCUCGAGUUACGACAUUUUGCGUAUCGUUGGCCGAGAGGAGAAGGUCGCCUUGGCGCGUAUGGCUUUGUAUGCUUCGGCCCGACAAGUGCUUUACAAUGGUAUGAAGUUGUUGGGAUUGAACCCCGUUGAACGGGAGGCAAAAUACAGGCCUUCCAAGCAAUUAUCACAAGAGAAGAGAGCAAUUAUCUACGAAGGGCGAUACAACGAUAUUUUCAAGAUGGGUUCAGUGACACCAGCGCCUUCGUCGCGCUUUGUUACGACCCUGGAGCGCAAAUACGGACGCAAUGCAUUGCCCAACAUGUUCGACGCAAAGGCAAAAGAGCCUUCAGCACGGCCGUACGCAUACGUCUUGAAGACGCCGAAUCCAGCAGAUGGGUUCGAAGAAGUCACCUAUACUAUGCUUGCAAAUGCAGUGAAUAGAGCGUCGUGGUGGCUCGUUAAUGAAGCUUCUAUGGCCGAGGGUGAGGUUUUUGGUUACAUGGGGCCACCAGAUUUGAGAUAUCUGAUUCUCAGUCUUGCGUCGGCGAAGACUGGGAGAAGGAUAAUGCUACCGUCCUUGAGAAACACAAUUUCGGCGCAGAAAACCCUCUUCGAGCGCACAAACGUCAGCAUCAUCCUAUACGCAACCGAGCUGAAGAAAAAUAUCCAACCAUUGUUUGACGCAUUGCCUGAAAUCAAAACAAGAGAAGCAAUUGGCUACAAAGAGGUCCUUGAUUCGACCGUAGUGCCUCAUUAUGACGCGCGAGAAAUCACGGAUGAGAAUUUCAACGAGCCGAUGUUCUUUCUACACACCUCAGGGUCAUCCGGCAAUCCAAAACCAGUUGGAGAAAGUCCGGCAUUUUGGCUAGCUACUUGUUCGUUUCUCGAUGUUCCAGAGGAUGGUGGUGACAUCCACAACACAAUACAUUUGCUCAGAAACGCCAAUCUACUACAGUUCUUUCCACCCUUUCACAUGGCAGGACUAUUCUUCUUCAUGCUCCCAGCAAUCCUGGAUUCGUCUCUUGUCAUCAACCACACCGCAGCAGCAAUUACAGCCGAGCAUGUGAUUAACAUAAUAAACCAAGGACUCGCAACUUCCCUAGCCGCAGCAGAUUCAAUACUUACUGAUCUAUCCCGAACCGAAGAGGGUCUGCAGGCCCUAGAAAAGAUGGACAAAAUCAUCUACGGAGGAGGGCCUCUGUCCGUCCAAACGGGGAGCAUCAUCGCUCCACGCGUGAAGAAUCUGUCCAGCGCAAUUGGGCUUACUGAAAAUGGGCUUUUGCAUUGCGUUGCGUUGAGAGGGACUAGUCAUUGGGAUUGCCUCAGAUUCAAUACCCGUGUGGGUUAUCGAUUCGAGGAGAUCUCCCCCGACGUUUAUGAACUGAUUAUUUCUCUGAGUCCUAAAUAUCGUAUGUUCCACCCUGUCGCCUUGCUUUUCCCAGAUAUCGAAGAGUAUCGUACAAAGGAUUUGUAUACCCGUGUUCCGGAGAUCGACAACUGCUAUCGGUAUCAAGGACGACGAGACGAUUUGAUCGUUUUGUCGAAUGGAGAGAAAAUCAACCCCGUUCCGCUGGAAAAUAUCGUUGCUAGCCAUUCCGCUGUCAAGAAUGCUUUGUUUGUCGGAGAACAUCAAUUCUUGCCUUCCUUGCUUAUUGAGCUUCGGGAGGGCUAUACGGUGAACAAUGAAGAGGAAUCGAGAGAAAUGAUCGAGAAACUAUGGGGCAUUAUCAGCGAAGCAAACUUGGAGGCACCACGAUUCUCGCGCGUGCCGAAGUCGCUCGUCUAUAUACUCAAGCCAGGCGAGACGUUCAACCGGAGCGGGAAAAUGACGGUGCAGCGCCAACUUACGGUUCUCAAAUUUGCUGCUCAAGUUGACGCACUUUACACUGCAGCUGGGGAAGGUCUAUUGAGCGAGGGGUUGGAGUUGAGUGAUCCAUCAGACCCUGGAGCAAUAAAAUCGUUGGCCAAGAAACUCUAUGCUCAACUUUUGGAUUCUGAUGAAAGUGCGCCUGUAGUAGGUGAUGAUGAUAAUGUGUUUGAGCUGGGCAUGGAUUCAUUGCAAGUUACGAUUGCAGUGCAGAAGCUGAAGGCUGCACUCAGGGCACAGAACCUCAAGGUCGAUACCAGCAAGAUCGGUCCACAAUUUUUCUACACUUCCCCGUCCAGCAAUCAGCUUGCUCGGGCAAUUGAUGAGCUUAUCAAUGGAGCAAGUGCCAACGACAACAGAAGCAACCGACAAAUUUAUAUGCAGGCUAUGAUUGACAAGUAUACGGCAGGCCUUGACGUCGAGCUUGCGCCAAGAAAGAAACGUAUAGAUAACUUGACUGUUGUACUCACUGGGUCCACGGGCUCACUAGGAAGCUAUCUGCUGCACUCUCUAAUUGAAAUCCCUCGUAUAGCCAAGGUUAUCUGUCUCAAUCGUUCAACUGAUGCCCAAAAGAGCCAGACAGCGAAGAACAAACAGAAAGACUUGCCUACGCCUUGGGAAUCAUCAGAUGCACAAACCAGUCCAGUGGAGUUCUUGACCGCGGACUUGUCCAAAGCUGACUUGGGUCUCGGAGAGGAGACUUACAGUCGACUUCUGCAGAGAGUAGAUGCAAUCAUCCACAACGCCUGGAAGGUCGACUUCAAUCACACUAUCGAGUCCUUUGAGAAGGGGCAUAUUGCAGGUACCCGCCAUCUGAUCGAUCUGAGUAGGAAGUGUACCUACCGAGCCCCGAUCUUAUUCAUCUCAAGUAUCUCUACCGCCCUCAACUGGAUGCAAAAAAACCCCGCACAGGACGUCCCAGAAGCAAUCAUUGAAGACCUCGACAGUCCCGAAUUCCUAGGGUACGGAGAAUCCAAAUACGUAUCCGAACGACUGAUCGAAGCACAUAGUUCAUCUUCGGGAUUUACCUCUUCUGUCCUGAGAGUUGGCCAAAUCGCAGGUCCUGUGCUGUCUACAGCCGGCAUCUGGAAUGUACAGGAAUGGUUUCCUAGUCUACUCUGUAGUUCGAAACAUUUGGGUUUACUUCCAGAUUCUCUGGGGACAAUGAACAGCAUCAGCUGGGUCCCGGUUGAUUUACUGGCGAGGAUUAUUGUGCAGCUACUCAGUCAUACAUAUGAUAAUGAUGGUGCACGCUCGGGCGCAUUAAAGGUGUACAAUUUGGUGAAUCCGAGAACUGUGCCUUGGUCUGCUCUCCUGGAUACAGUUCAGAAUGGUCUCGGUGGGCCUGAAAAAAUCCGAAUCGUGUCAUUAGCCAAAUGGGUAGAAGCACUGGAACAAAGUGCACAGGAAAAUCAUGGAUUUGUGGUUGAAAGUAAUCCUGCUAUCAAACUACUCGAAUUCUGGAAGAUCAUCUCGGAAAAGAGCGACCGAUCCCGAACCGCUGAGCUGUUGACAUCCAAUGGCGAGAAUGGAUUACAAAAUGACGAGAAAGUUUCGAAUUUACAACAGAACAAGGCUGAUAGAAGAAAGUCAUGGCUGAAGCAGUGGACGGGCAAGCUGUUCAGUCGAAAGGAUGCACCGGAUAAACUUCAACAAACCACGUCUUAUGAGCCGCCAACAUCCGAUGGGUUGCUUCAAACUGAGGGCGGCUUACAACAUGAGUUUGAAGUCACCAACCUUCUGAAAGAUAGCUCGGAGGCAUCCGACUUGCGUUCUGUUUCGUCUCAUUGGAUGAAGAUAUGGUUGAAACAGUGGGCUUUUUAA